AUGGAGAUCUCCCCGGUGCCACUGGAGAACGGCGUUACCAUGACCGUCAAAGGAGGAGGUGAGGCCCGGGCAGGAGGCUGUGAACGGGCUACAGUAGCGGGAGAGCUCCACGGUCCCCCGACGCCGACGGCGGCGGGGCUCCAGGAUGGGCCCAGACUGCGGGAGCCCAGGGGGCGCGACCCGCAGAGGGGCGCGGAUCCUAGAGGGCGCCCUUUGCCACCGCUCCCCCCGGAGCCUCGGCAGCCUGGAAGGCUGCCCCCGGAAGACCAAGACGGAGAAGGCGACCCAGCCCUGGGCAUGGUGGCAGAGCGGGCGAUGGGCGCGGGGACCCUUCACCACCAGCGCGUCCUCAUCAACAUCUCGGGGCUGCGCUUCGAGACGCAGCUGGGCACCCUGGCACAGUUCCCCAACACCCUCUUGGGGGACCCCGCCAAGCGCCUGCGCUACUUCGACCCCCUGAGGAACGAGUACUUCUUCGACCGCAACCGGCCCAGCUUCGACGGCAUCCUCUACUACUACCAGUCGGGGGGCCGGCUGCGGAGGCCCGUCAACGUCUCCCUGGACGUCUUUGCCGACGAGAUCCGCUUCUACCAGCUGGGAGAGGAGGCCAUGGAGCGCUUCCGGGAGGACGAGGGCUUCAUCAAGGAAGAGGAGAAGCCCCUGCCCCGCAGUGAAUUCCAGCGCCAGGUGUGGCUUAUCUUUGAAUACCCUGAAAGCUCCGGGUCCGCGCGAGCCGUCGCCAUCGUCUCGGUCUUGGUCAUUCUCAUCUCCAUCAUCACCUUCUGCUUGGAGACCCUGCCCGAGUUCAGGGAUGAGCGCGAACUGCUCCGCCAUCCGCCCGCGCCGCAGCCGCCGCCUGGGCCCGGCCUGGGCGCCAACGGCAGCCUGGCGAUGGCGCCCCCCUCUGGCCCCACGGUCGCACCUCUGCCCAGGACCCUGGCCGAUCCUUUCUUCAUUGUGGAGACCACGUGUGUCAUUUGGUUCACCUUUGAGCUGCUUGUGCGCUUCUUCGCCUGCCCCAGCAAGGCUGAAUUCUCUCGGAACAUCAUGAACAUCAUCGAUGUGGUGGCCGUCUUCCCCUACUUCAUCACCCUGGGCACCGAGCUGGCAGAACAACAGCCAGGCGGUGGCGGGGGUGGCCAGAACGGGCAGCAGGCCAUGUCGCUGGCCAUCCUCAGAGUGAUCCGCCUGGUCCGCGUGUUCCGCAUCUUCAAGCUCUCGCGCCACUCCAAGGGGCUGCAGAUCCUGGGCAAGACCUUGCAGGCGUCCAUGCGGGAGCUGGGCCUGCUCAUCUUCUUCCUCUUCAUCGGCGUCAUCCUCUUCUCCAGCGCCGUCUACUUCGCGGAGACCGACAACCAGGAGACCCACUUCUCCAGCAUCCCGGAUGCCUUCUGGUGGGCUGUGGUCACCAUGACCACCGUGGGCUACGGGGACAUGCGGCCCAUCACCGUCGGGGGCAAGAUCGUGGGCUCGCUGUGUGCCAUCGCCGGGGUCCUCACCAUCGCCCUGCCGGUGCCGGUCAUCGUGUCCAACUUCAACUACUUCUACCACCGGGAGACGGACCACGAGGAACAGGCAGCCCUCAAAGAGGAGGAGCAGGCCGGUCAGAACCAGGGGCCAGGGUCGGACAGCGGAGGCCAGCGGAAGGCCAGCUGGAGCAAGGCCUCGCUUGGCAAGGCUGGGGGGUCCCUGGAGAAUGUGGAGGGAGCCCGACGGGGCAGUCGCCCCCUGGAGAAGUGUAAUCUCAAGGCCAAGAGCAAUGUGGACUUUGGGAGGUCCCUGUAUGCCCUCUGCCUGGACACGAGCAGGGAAACGGAUUUGUGAGGAGGCAUCUGGACAGACAGCCGCAGUAGGUGGAGACAGCAGCGGUCUCCUGAACCU